AUGCUCGAUAACGGGGCAUACCCUUUGCGAUGUCAUGAUGGAGAGCAUACGGCCAUGUCGCUUGCUGUGAUGAAUGGACAUGCUUCGAUCAUAGAGCUGUUCCUGGAAAGAAACAUACCUCUACCUAAAACGGACUUCCUCGACCCUGACUAUGACGCGCUGACGGCAGCGGUGCACGAGGGCCAUGCACCUGUCGUCCGGUUGAUUAUUAAACAUCGAAAACUCCCGGCUUCUUGGAACUUCGAGUUUCUGUUGGCUGAUGCAGCGGGGGAUGGCUAUAUUGCUGUCGUCGAAGAACUCAUGAGAUUAUGGGAAAUGGAACAUUCCCCUGACCAGCUUCCCCUGCCUUCAUUGGCAGUCGCACUGGCCAGGGCAUUGUGUAGCGCAGCGGGUGCGGAUGAGAUAGAAAUGGUUCAUUGUCUGCUCCGACUUGGAGCCAACCCGAAUGCAGUUCCUCAUACACGGGAUACCCCGUUACUUGCCGCCAUAACCUAUGGUCAUUCUGACAUGCUCUGGUACUUGCUUACCCAUGGCGCAGAUGUGGCUCAGUUACCAGUUGAACAGAGAUGCAGUCUUUUCUCUAAAGCCGCCACCGACGAGCGUGACGCGAAGCUCAUUUUGGAGAACAUCGAUUAUAGAAAGUUUGCAAUGAACAGUAGAAAGGAACAUGCAUAUUUGCUUUAUGCCGCUAUUGCAUGCGAGUCUGAAAAACAUGUGCGAGAACUUCUGCAACACGGCUUGCCUGAUGACAGUGACUUUAUAGUCCUUCGUUAUGGCCAAUUUUCCCUACGCUGUGGACCGCUUGAAGUGGCUGCAAAGGCGGGCAACGAGAAAAUUGCCACCCUACUAUUAGACAAAGGGGCUUCUUGCAACCCUCGAGACAUGAUCCCAUCCAGAGACCCACUCCGCUUAGCCAUCCUCGAAGGACGUGAGAAUAUAGUCAAGUUACUACUCGAUCGCGGUUCUGACCCAAAUUACAUUGAACGUCUCGGUGCUACUGUUUCUUUGCCGCUAGUCCUAGCCAUCGAACACGAAUCUAUCUUUAAACUACUGCUUGAGCGAGGAGCUGACCCCAUGCACCCAGUUUACUUUGACUACACCAGUAGCACUGUGGCGCUACAGGUGAUUAUUUCUGGGAAAAUGGCCUUGGCCCAGACAUUGUUGGAUUAUGAUGUGCCAAUUGAAAUUCCUGACCCAUUGCACCAUGAACAGGAGAGGACCGGUCUUUUGCACUACGCGAUAGAAGGAGGGGCAGAUAUGAUGAAAUUCCUUGUUCGGAAGGGCUUUCUGGAUCUCCCUAUUGAUGAGAACGAGAGAGAGGAAGCCGUCAUAUAUGCAUUAGACAGAAAGCAGGCCUCCUCUUUCAACUACCUCAUGGAGCAAGGUUUCAACAUGCCUAUUAACGAGGUCCCAAAAGCACUUGAGAAACUUGCUGGCUAUACGCAGACAAUAGGCUACGGUUCCUUGCAUUCUCAGGCCAACGCGAUGUUCAACACACUGUUAAACCGUGGUGCAAAUAUCAAUGCCACGGACGACCCUGGAUACUCGGCUCUCUGGUAUAGUAUCCACUUUCGCCAUAUCAAAACCCUGGAAUACCUCCUGAGUAAAGGCGCGGAUCCGCUUACUUUAAACAGGGGCGGGGAAACGCCAUUGUCUCUCGCAGUGCAGUGGAUGGAGGGAUUUGAGCUCCUGAUGCGAUCAAUUGACAUAUCCUCCGUGCCGCCGGAUCAGUUGCGCUAUAGGAUAGAGAGAUGUCUUGAUGUAGCUGUUGGGUUUAAGCAGUGGGAGGCCGUGAAGAGGCUGGAGCGGCUUCUAAUCAAGAUUGAUAGACUGGAGGACUUAGUAUUCCUAUCCUGUAUAUAG